AUGGAUGAGAAGCUCAAAAUGCGUACUGCAGUCAAUCUUACGCGACUGCAGAUUGAUGAGGCACCUCAUAUCUCCGCACCCAAACAGGUCAAGAAUCUAUCCUUCAUUCCACUAGUCGCCAGCACUCCCGACGCAAGCUUCGCCGACACAACCUCGGACGAUUCAACAAUAGUUGGGAUCAUCAACUAUGAAGCUUUUCCACGCUCCAGCAAAGGUCAAAGUCCCAACCAAGGUGCCCACUUUCCGAUCACCAGCUGGGAUGAAGGGGCUACUACGUAA